AUGUCCUCACUCAAAGUAAGAGAAGCCGAAGCCGAUUUCAACGUUCCUGGUGCAGGCAAGCCCUGCAAGACUUGGUACAAGGUGUAUGGUACUCUCCCCCACCCACAUAACCCACCUCUUGUACUUACGCGUCUCUUCGACGUACCCGUUAUAGUUUAUGAUCAACUCGGCAAUGGACGCUCCACGCACCUCCCAGAGAAGAACGGAGAUGUGGACUUCUGGACUGUGCAGCUCUUCGUUGACGAGCUGCAUAACCUCCUGAAUCACUUAAACAUCCAUGACAACUAUAACGUACUGGGGCAGAGCUGGGGAGGGAUGCUGGCAUCGGAGUUUGCAACGCGCCAGCCAAAAGGCCUCGGGAAACUGGUGAUUGCUGGCUCACCAGCCAGUACGUUGCUGUGGGUUAAGGCUGCCAACGAGUUAAGGAAGGAGUUGCCAAAGAAAGUACAGGAUGUGUUGAAUAAGCACGAGGCAGCGGAUACAACGACAGAUCCAGAGUACAUUGCCGCAACGAACGAAUUUCACAAGCGGCAUUUUUGUAGGCUCGACCCGAUGCCUCAGUCCCUGUUGGACGGGUUUGCAUGGAUAGAAAAGGAUCCAUCCGUGUGCUUGACCAUGACAUGGAGCAUGGUUGACCGGCUGCACAAUAUUCAGGCGACGACAUUGCUCAUCAACGGAAGGUACGAUGAAGCACAGGACAUAGUCGUAGAGCCCUUCUUUCAGCGUAUCCCGAAGGUCCGAUGGGUACAAUUUGCGGACUCAGCGCAUGUCCCGCAGCUGGAAGAGACGGAAAGGUUUAUGCAGGUGGUGUGGGCCUUCUUGCGCGGUUAAAGCGACUGGAAGUAUAGAAGCAGCGUGAAAGAAAUGAUGGGGUAUGCAGUGUAUGGUACAAAUCGAUCAUGAGUGUGAGGUGUAAUAUCAAUGGAUUGAUGA